UGGCGCUGGCUUUGGGGGUAACUUUGGUGCCUGCUUUGGAGGCGGCGAUGGCAUCCUGCCGGCUGGCGAAAAGGAGACGAUGCAGAACCUCAACGACCGCCUGGCUGCCUACCUGGACAAAGUGCGUGCCCUGGAGGAGGCCAACACUGACCUGGAGGUCAAGAUCAGGGAGUGGUACAAGAAGCAGGGACCUGGUCCAGACCGCGACUACAGCCCCUACUACAGGACUAUCGAGGAGCUCAGGAACAAGAUUCUUUCUGCAACUGUUGAAAAUGCCAACAUCGUCUUGCAGAUUGACAAUGCCCGGCUGGCAGCGGAUGACUUCAGAACCAAGUUUGAGACGGAGCAGGCUCUGCGCCUGAGCGUGGAGGCCGACAUCAACGGCCUGCGCAGAGUCCUGGAUGAGCUGACCCUGGCCAGAGCUGACCUGGAGAUGCAGAUCGAGAACCUGAAGGAGGAGCUGGCCUACCUCAAGAAGAACCACGAGGAGGAGAUGAACGCCCUGCGUGGGCAGGUGGGGGGAGAGAUCAGCGUGGAGAUGGAUGCUGCUCCUGGAAUCGACCUCACCAAGAUCCUGGCGGAGAUGCGGGAGCAGUACGAGAGCCUGGCGGACAAGAACCGCAGGGACGCCGAGCAGUGGUUCUUCAGCAAGACGGAAGAGCUGAACCGGGAGGUGGCCAUCAACACGGAGCAGCUUCAGAGCGGCAAGUCGGAGAUCACCGAGCUACGACGCACCAUCCAGAGCCUGGAGAUCGACCUGCAGUCCCAGCUCAGCACGAAAGCGGCGCUGGAGGGCACCUUGGCCGACACAGAAGCCCGCUACGGCACCCAGCUGGCCCAGCUGCAGGGGCUGAUCACCGGCGUGGAGGAGCAGCUGGCCGAGCUGCGGUGUGACAUGGAGCGCCAGAACCACGAGUACAGGGUCCUCCUGGACGUCAAGUGCCGCCUGGAGCAGGAGAUCGCCACGUACCGCCGGCUCCUGGAGGGCGAGGAUGCCCACAUCUCGUCCCAGUACUCCUCCUCUAUGUCCUCACACUCGGGCAGGGAUGUCAUGACAUCUUCCCGUCAGGUCCGCACAAUCGUCGAGGAGGUGCAGGACGGGAAGGUGGUCUCCUCCCGGGAGCAGGUAGCGCUCACCACUCGCUAGGAGGGCAGGCAG